UCAAACUCAGAUAGCUGCCGCUCAGUCUAAACAUAUAUGAGAGUAGAAAAGCGUUGCAGAGGAAAGUCUGGUCUUUUUUCCAUCAUUGCAUUCGGGAUUGACAGUUUCCCCGUCAUGGCGUUGUGCGUCGUCGUCUUUCUGGGUCCUCUUUGGAUCCACGGUCUGGUUCGAGCGGGCAACGGAGAGGAAUUACCCAAAGAGGUAGUCGUGUCCUGGUUCAGGGAGCGGGUUCUGGAGAGUCUGGGCCUGGAGAAACCUCCUCAGAAUCAAACACGAGGUGGAAGUGGGGCAAACUUGGAGACCUGGGAGACGCUCAUGAGGGUUCCCAGGUCAAAGCAAAGAGUGGUGGAUCCAAAUCAGAACGGAGAAGAGCGAGCAACAUCGGAAAUGAUUUUGUUUCCGAGUUCAGACUCCUGCUCCACAGGAGAAACCGCCACUCGGCUCUCUUUUCACUUCCAGCCCUCGUCGACGAUCCUGAAGGGUGUGGUCACCUCUGCCCACUUUUGGUUCUUCACGGACCAAAAAGGAACCUCCACCAACUCAUCUGCAAUGCUUUUCCUUCUCACGCCAGCUCAGCAGCUCCGUCAGGCUGCGGCAGCACCUUCCAGGUCCACCACAGACGGAUGGACCACCUACUUCCUGGAUCAAGAGAGGCUGGUUUCCGUGUCUGAGGGUCCGUUUUGGCUUCAAGUUGUCUGCACAAGCUGCCAGUGUCACACACGUGAGCCAGAAAACUCGCCCUUCCUGCAUGUCCACGUUGAGCGUAGACGUCGUGUGCGCUCGCCCCGUCAAGCUGCGUUCACCAUCCCCUGGUCUCCGGCCGCCAUCUACCGCCUUCAGAGGCCGUCUCAGGAGAGGCCGGCGGACAGCGACUGCCGGCGAGAAGGCGUGGAGAUCAGCUUCGAGGAGCUGGGCUGGGACAACUGGAUCGUCCACCCCAAGACGAUGACCUUCUACUACUGUCACGGGAACUGCUCGGCCGCGGACCGGACCAUCGCCAUGCUGGGGAUGUCGCAGUGUUGCGCUCCUGUCCCCGGAACCAUGAGGUCCCUAAAGGUCACCACCACCUCGGACGGCGGGUACUCCUUCAAGUUGGAGACCCUGCCCAACAUUAUACCUGAGGACUGCGCUUGCGUUUGAACACACAGCGGUCACUUAAAUUCCUACGCCAAUGCUAUGAUCCGGAAAGUCUCACUACGACCAUCUUUAGAUCUAUAUCUAUCUACCUAGAGCAUGUGUCAAAGUCAAGGCCCGGGGGCCGGAUUCGGCCCUCCAGACCAUUUUAUUUUGCUAUUUUUGGCCUAAUGUUAUGUUGCGCCCUUUCUAACUUGUAUAAUUUUGACAAAAUAUAUUUUUGAGAAAAAUAUUAAAGUUAUUUAAAGUUUGA